AUGAGGAAGACUUCUAAAAGCCCACAACUGAUUUUACAAGAAACACCAAGGAAUAAACGAAAAAAGUUUAAUCCACAAUGUCUGCAGAAGGAAAGUAUCAAGGAAGAUAUGGAUAAAGAAGAUGGAAAUAAAAUUUUCAGUAGUAUGAUUUUUAAUGGAGAUACUGAAAAGGGAAAAUCAUUUUUUACGGACACCUUCAGUCUUUCCAAAGACAACUCCAAAAUGUUUGCAAACCAUCAAACUUCAAACCAUCAAACCAUCAAAAAUAAAGUUUUCACAAAGUUUCAUUCAAAUUAUCAACAAUUAUUAGGAGACGCUGCCGUUGGAAAUAAUGCGAAUCGAGUUAAUGAGCUUCUCAAUUCUAAUAUGGAUGUAAACGACUCGGAAAUGAAACUUAAAGAAUUUGCUGUUAUAACCAUGGAAGAACUAUUAAAAUUAUAUGGCCUAUCUUUUCCACAAAAAGAAAUUAUCGACGCAAUACAGAAAACAAAAAUUGAUUUAUUAUUGUCAUCAACAUGUACUCAGCAAAAUCUUGAACCACCAACUCCACCUCGUACACCAGUAUUAAAUAAUUCAGUGAAGAGUGAAAUUGACGAGAAAACUAUUCUGGAAAACAAAUUUUCAAACUAUUUCGAAGAUUUUAGUGGAUUAGAGGGUAGUUCAAGUGGAUCACAAGUAAAAGCAGUAGAUGAAAAUUCAAGUGAUUAUGCAAUGCCCUAUAUAGGUUUAUAUGGAUUGAAUCCUAAAUCAAGUUCAAAGUCACAAACUACGAACAUCGUCGAUCAUCAGGCUGAACGACAAUUAAUCGAAAAACACAAAACCUAUCAUAUGAAAGAUGAACAACUACUUAAAGAUGGUUUUCAGAAAUACUUAAAAUCCGAAGCAUGCAAAAUUCAGGGAUGUAGAUUCAGUACUAUCUGUAAUCACAUUCACUGCACCCGUCACAAUUGUUCUUAUGUCCUGCAUUCAAGUAGUCAGCUUUUAAGUCAUAAAAGGAAACAUGAAAGAUUAGAUGCUGAAUUAUCACAAAGAAAAUUUAGAGCAGAAGGGUCUGUUAUAGAUUUUAACGCACAAGAGCUUGCAGUACUGCAGUCAUAUCAAAAUUUAGAUUUAUGGCCAAAAUCAACUGUGGCUUCAAAUAUGAAAAAAAAUCUGGUUUCUGACCAUGCAAUAACUGAAAAAUUCAAUAAACUGUUGAACAACUCGUCGUUGGAAAGUUUAAAUAUUUUACUUAAUCAAGCACCUGCAAAACAAUCGAAUAUAUCAGAAAAGCUUAGACAAGAUGAUAAUAAUUUAUUAAAAUAUGAUACUUCAAGUGUUGAAAAAGAUCAAAAUGAAAACGAUUAUGAGCAUACAAAUCUUAAAUCAAUGGGCCAGAAUGUAAAUACUCAAAAAAAUAGCAUAAUCCAUAAAGAAACAGAUGAAAUAGAAAAUAUUGUUAGUCAAUAUUUUAGCGAUUUUUGUACGAAGCAACAGCAAAAACAAGACGAUAAACCAUUAAAUUUAGAUAUUAAAUCUUCGGAAAAAAAUAAUAUGAUAGAAUGUUUCAUGACCAAUAAUGAGCCGCAUUUGCAUUGUUUGAUAACAGGUUGUGAAGCGGUUGUAGCAAGUGAACUAAAUGAAGUCACAGAACAUCUUAAUGUUCAUGAAAUAGAUCAAGGAGCUAACAGCAUAAUUCAAAACUCUACACUUCUUCAAAUAACAUCAGUUGAAGGAUUUUUUAACAGAAAACGAGGAAGGCCACCAAAAAAUCGAGUUGUAGAAGUCUAUAAUAAUGCUAAUCAUCCACCACAAGCGAUUUUUACAAGUUUUAAACUGGAACGCAAUAAUACUGGCAAGAAAAAUACAAACACACCGAAUGUAGAGAAAUUUUCUGGCAAUGAAGAGAAAGAAAAAAAUCUUCAGACGACAUCUGAUGAGGACAUAUUCGCAAAGAUUGACAUUAUUCAGUCAUCAGAAAAUUGUAAUGAUUCAGCAUGCGUUUUUAAGAAUUUGAUACAUCUUCAUUGUAAUGUAUCAAAGAGUUGCCAUUAUUCAACAAACUAUUUGUCUUUUAUGAAUAUUCAUUUGAAUGAAUUCCAUGGGCAACAUCAAAUACUGCCUAAUUAUGAUUACUUUGAUCGAAAUUAUGAUUGCAAACUAUCGGAUUGCUGCUACAAUAAGAUCUCGUGUCAUUACCAUUGCCUUUCCUGUAUGUUUUCCUUCACCAUGCCUUCUGAAAUGAAUGAACAUAUUUGUGAAGGAAAUAUCGAAGAGAAUUAUGAAUACUUUGAUACUAUUGAAAAUGAUAUUAUGAAAGCUCAUCAAGAAAAAACAAAAUCUGCUGCUUUUUACAACAAUAAAGAUUUGCUAUUUGGAGGUGAACAACAAUCAAAAGAAGAAGAAACAAUAAAUUUAAAUUCUUCAGAUGAUAUCCCAAACAAUGAGUGUGAACAAACUAAAGUUUCAGUUGUUCGGGCAGUAGGUACUUGGGUACCUAACAAUGAAAAUGAAAAUAUUCACACCCCAGGUGACAUGAUAUUGCAAUCAAUGGUAGGCUCACGCACACAAAAUGAGCCAAAGAAUAAGUAUGAUAAGAUUCCCGCUACCAAUGAAUGUUUUCAGUUUGAAGAAAAAAUUGGCGAUCAUUAUCCUAAACUAUCACAGCCUCCAGUUGGAUUCAAUCAAGAAACUUUUCAUACUUCUAACAAACCAUUCAAUGAUGCAAAAAAUGAUCUUGAAACAUUUUUAUCGACAACUUUCCAAUCUUUGAAAGAUAACACAUUUUCUCCUUUUAGUGGUACAUCAACCACCUUAUUACCUUUUCAAAAUCUCCAAAUUGCAAAUCUACUUAGGUCUUCAAUCCUUAAUGUUGACCAUAGAAAAAUGUUAUCUUUUCCAUCACCUAUGUCGACAUUGGAUGGAAAUCCUGAAUUUAGUUUAGAAUCAAUGGUAGCGAACAAUAUUUUGGGCAUAAAUCGUAAACAUAAAAUUGAUGAACUUGAAAAUUUAUUAACAAAAAAGAAACCGAAACCUUUAGAACGAGUGAGAGAGCGUAAAAAUAAAUCUUACAAAGACAAUAUAAUCCCGAAGGGUUACCUGAAAUUCAGAUUUAAUCAAGACUGUAACUUUUCUAGAUGCGGUUAUCGCAACCAUCAGUCUCAUUUUCACUGUACGCGUAAAGAUUGCAGCUAUAGCUUUUGCGAUAGAACACGUUUUAUGCAACACACCGCACGUCACGAACGUCUUGACAAACUCAUGGGCAAUGAUUUUAAGCAAUUUCGUGCUAAUAUACCCUGCGGUUAUCAGACUUGUUGCUAUAACAAAAAUCUCGAUUUAAACAAUAAAUCUUCUCAUUUUCAUUGCCUAAAGUGUGACUACAUUUGUUCAGAUACAAACAAAGUCGUGGCUCAUCGGAGACAGCAUAACAAGCAGGAUUAUAUUAAGCUUGCUGGUUUCAAAAAAAUUUCCAACAAUGAACAUUGCAAAAUAGCUAAUCAAAACACGCCUGAUGGCGAAUGUCCUUAUACUCUUAAACAAAGUCAUUAUCAUUGUUUGGUUUGUGAUAUGGCUGUUUUAAACCAUAGUCAAAUAUCAUUUCAUAACCAUCAGAUUCGACCUUAA